AGCAGUCGCCGCCAGCGGAACAUACAGGUAGUCAUUGAGGCAUUUGCCAGUCGAGGAUGAGCGGGACGAAAGACGUGUCUACUGAAAUAUACAUAGGUUGCAUUUUGCGUCUGCGUUGUAAACAGGCGAGUUGAAAAAAAAGCUUAACCGAAUUGCUGCGCCGGGUUACAAAGUGAGCAAACGCGUGGGUAAAUCAAAUUUCCCGUCGGAACUCUGAAGGAACGUUUUAAAAGGAAGAAAAUCAUAAAAAGUGAAGCGAAAUAAAAAUAAGAAAUCUCCGAUGAAUAAGCGGCUGUUCGAUUUUUUGUUGUUCGCUUCGUACUGAAAAUUCGUGAAUGUGUAGGCGAAUAUAACGUGUGUGUCGAAAGUACGUAAAAAGAAACGUCAAGCCAAUCCCUCCGGUCGAGGAAUUAGAAAAAAAGAGCAAUCAAACUUUGAAGGAGUUAGGUGCGCACGGCUUCGUAAAAAACGAAGAAAAACUCGCUAGAAGUUUUCGUUUAGCAGUGUUUUUAAAAAUUGUUCGAGAUUGAAACGUGCGACUGAAGGAUCGUGGCAUGUUUCUGACGCUGUAAGAAAAUUCACGCCUGGAAAAGUGUCUCGGAUAUAUAGGAAGGAAAAGCAAAGUUGGUGUGCCACAUGCUUUUAUGGGUCACCGAUCAGAUGGUCUCCCAUUGGAAAGUCGAACUCAGCGCUGUGCACCGGGCGUCCAGUGAAAACCAAGGACACCGAGGCAUUCCGGGAGAAGGAGGAGUUCGAGGGAGACUAAAAGUUUCGUUAGCUCGUGCGCGAGUAGGGGAGGACAAAACAGCUGGAACGUGAGGGGGAUCGGUAAUACUUGUAAUGGACUACGUUUAUAAAAGUGAGUGCAUGGACAAGAAACCUGAGUAAUACAAACGUACAGAGAAUGAAUAUGCGCAUGAGCUUUACACCAGAUCCUACAGGGUGCUCGACGCCAGGUUCCAGCUGUUAUAACGUCAAGGUCGGGGUUUGUUUUCAAACAUAAAAUCAAAUUUCCAAUCGUUUGAGUUUCGAGCUCUUUCUUAGGAAAGUUCUCGAAAUCCGGGACUCGAUAUUGUCGAUAGCUCAAAAACGGUGAGAGUUGGAGUAAAAAAUGUGAAGGACAGAUUUCGUAGAAAACGAAAUUUCCGGCACAAAAGUUCCCGGCCGGAAUGCUCGAUCCCCGGCAGCUCGCUCUGGGGAGCUGCUCGGGUGGAGACCUAGUUUUCGAAGGUCACGCACGUGCGAAGCAACAGCGAAUGCGCUUAUAUUUCGAGCCCCUCUCAGGGCUGAAGUACUGCGAAUCGAAGAUCGUCCCCGGGACCUUUUUUAUAGGAAAUUUAACGCCCAUCAGAAUCGGUCCUCUGCUUAUUUACUCUAGCUCCAACCGUUCGGACCACGCAAGCGUCGAAGCGUGGGGGUUAAGUUCACGUCGACGAUUGACGAGAGACUCCUCGUUGGCGAACAGUCGAGGAAGAAACAUCAGUUUGACGCAGCGCUUGGUACCGAACUCUGCUCCACAAUCACAACUCGAUCAUCCGGAAUAACCGCGAACGAACGUUCCCGGAUAGUCAUCGGCAUCGGUGACGAGCUCGACGACCUUCGAAUCUGCCGAUCAGACGGCGAAUCACGUCGAAGCGAAUAACUGCUUGAACCGAUCGAAAUUUGUCCUAGAAAAAUAUAUCUCAGAAUCCAUAAAAUAUAAAAAGUCCCUCGGAGUAUAGUAAGAUAGAAAAAUUGUAAGCACUCCGCGAUGAAAAAAUUCAAUGAUAAGCCCGUCCGUAGCGACGGGGAUGACGGGGAUGACGGGAGUGACGGGGGUGACAGGGCCGACGAAGCGAGGGGCAGAGGUGGGAGAAGAAUAUCCGUUUUCGGAGUGUGCCCUUCCAGUUUAGUGAGGCGACGAACGAUGCCUUACUUCAACAGCCCUGCUCCCUCUGCCUAUGACAAAGAUGAUGCAGCAGCACCAGCACCGGGUCCCUCGCACGCUUCCGGUGCCGCUGGUCCCAGCACCAGCAGUUCCGAGCCGAUCUUCAUGAUAGAACACUUGGCGACAUUCACAGUCGCCAAAGAAGCGGGAAUUAUGUAUCCGGCCGAUGGCAUGCGACGGCUCUGCCAAUUGGAGAAGAGCAAUGGCAUUUGGAGCCAGAAGAUGCAACUUCGUCUCGAACGCAACUGGGUCCUUAUAAUGGAUACCGAGACUGGGAUUGUAAUGGAGAGAUUCCCAGCUGCAUUGAUCCAAGAGCCGACUGCAUUCAUAACGCGGGAUCCGAUGGAAAUGUACAACAACAUUCUGGUGUUUAUAGUCGCGGACGAAAGUGGUGCUGGGCAGCAAGGAGAGAUGCACAUAUUCCAGUGCCAGAGCGUAUCCGCCCAGGAUCUUGUUAGGGAUUUGCAGCGGUUGCAGUUGGGGGAACUGAUACCGGCGCAACCGUCAAGGGGACCGAGAGGUCAGAUCCCGCCGCCGCCGACUUUGCCGCCACCAGAGCCACCUCUCAACAGUGUCAACGUACGGGAACAAGUCUCGGCUUUCAACGCAGCUACGAAUGACGGGCCGAGCGAUAUAUCGCGCGAGGAAAACAACGACGAAGUGUCAUCGACGUCGUCAGAAAAAUACGAGCGAGAUGUAACGAUUCUGAAUCACUGUUUCGACGACAUCGAGAAGUUUAUUGCUCGUUUACAGCACGCGGCAGCAGCAUCCAGAGAAUUGGAGCGUAGAAGACGCAACAGUAAAUCAAAAAAGCGUAAUUUGGGCGACGGAAUGUUGACGAUGAGAGCGAAACCGCCCCCGGAAUCGGAGUUCGUCGAUAUAUUUCAAAAGUUUAAACUCUCGUUCAAUCUUCUUGCUAAAUUGAAGGCUCACAUCCACGAUCCGAACGCUCCGGAGCUCGUUCAUUUUCUCUUCACCCCGUUGGCUCUCAUCGUGGACGCGUCCCACGACACGAAUUACGAUUCGAACCUGCCCAGCAAAGUAGUAUCCCCGCUUCUGACUCGAGAAGCUGUAAAUCUUUUGAUCCACUGUGUCACCAGUAAGGAAACCGAACUUUGGCAUUCUUUGGGGGACACGUGGCUCGUCCCCAGAGACCAAUGGAAGAAUCACGUCCCCGCUUAUCACCCAAUUUUCAUGGACGGUUGGUCCCCGGAAUGCCCCAUUCCCGAGGAUCAUCGGGACCACGAUCAUUUGGCCUCGCUUCUCAACGCUGACAAACAAAAGAGGGACGAAAUUCCUGAACAACAGAACGAUCCUUAUUACAGCCAUCGCGAAGUCGAGGAAUCUCACUACAGCAGCGACUACCUGGAGUACGAACCCCGCGAGGAACGUACCAACGAAUAUUUCGAGAGAAACUACGGACCCGGCUCCGAAUUGUACGCUCGCGAGGAGCGAGACCGCGUCGAUCAGACUCGAGCUCACAGCGAUAUCUCCGUCGAUUCCAUAGAACGAGGACCCCGAGGCGCUCCUGGAAUCGAUAGGGCACAAGAAUCUUGGCUCGACGAUCUGCUCACUCGGCACGCUAAAAUUGUCCAAGUCACUUAUCCCAGGACCGCCAAUAACGACAAAGAAUUAACCGUCGUCAGGGGCGAGUAUCUUGAAAUACUCGACGACAGCAGGAAAUGGUGGAAAGCGAGAAACUCCAGGGGUCAAGUUGCUCACGUUCCUCAUACCAUCGUCACUCCGCAUAACCCAGCACACACUGGCGACAGUGAUGUUUUCAACAAUCCGGUGUACGCGAGCAGAUACCAACGACAGGGGCACGGCUACAAUUACGAGGACUCCGAAAUUGAGGGCACGAGUACAAGUCCGGGACCGGAUACGACACAUAGACCUCACGCUAUUCCACCACCAGCGCCGGCAGAUUGGGUCCGUAAGGAGCGUCUUGGAAAGAAAGGUUCCAGCGUGUCGAGCGCCCUAGAGCGAGAGGUGUCCUUAAAAUGGCAGAUACGGAAAACGCUCACCAAAAUUCAAAAGCCUGCUGAAAAAGCAUCAUCAUCGUUAUCAUCCAAAGUAGACGACCAAGAUCUGGCAGAUAUUGAGACUGAAAUUGCAGAACUUUCAGUCUCAUCGGUUCCGAUGCCGCCACCAUUUCCGAAGGGGCUAUUCACAAGAUCCAAACGUUUUGAUAUAAGUUUUGCUAAUUCCGGCAGAUCUAGAAAAAGUUCUGCCGGUUCUAGCAAGUCUAGAAAAAGCUCUGCCGGUUCUAGCAAGUCUAGGGAAGGUUCUGCCGGUUCCAGCAAGUCUAGAGAAGGUUCUGCCGGUUCCAGCAAGUCUAAAAAAGGUUCUGCCGGUUCCAGCAAGUCUAAAGACGGUUCUGCCGAUUCCAGCAAGCCUAAAGAAGGUUCUGCCGGUUCCAGCAAGCCUAAAGAAGGUUCUGCCGGUUCCAGCAAGUCUAAAGAAGGUUCUGCCGGUUCCAGCAAGACUAAAGAAGGUUCUGCCGGUUGCAGCAAUUCUAAAGAAGGUUCUGCCGGAUCCAGCAAGUCUAAAGAAGGUUCUGCCGGUUCCAGCAAGUCUAAAGAAGGUUCUGCCGGUUCCAGCAAGUCUAAAGAAGGUUGUGCCGGUUCCAGCAAGUCUGAGGAAGCUUCUGGCAGUUCCAGCACGUUUGGAACGAUAAACAGCAAGAAAUCUAACACGGCAAUUCAGCAAGAUAAAAUGCAGGAGGAACUGAAAUCCGUCAUGAUGCUAUAUCGCGGAAAGAAACGAAACGCCGAUGAUUUCAAAUCUCAUUUAGUUUACGUCACCGAACGUUCGACCCCGCGAGAAGUCCAAAAAUGGUUGAAGUCCAAGGCCUUCUCCGACAUUCUUUGCAAAAAAUUCCGAGGCAUGACUGGUGCCGAACUUUUCACUUUGACCAAAUCACAAUUGGAACGACAAUGCGGUAUCUCCGAAGGCCGGAGGCUCGACGGACAACUCGUGCUUUCGCGCAAUGCCUCGGGAUAUUAUGCCACAAGAACCGGUGAACUCAAAAAGGUUUUGGAAGAAGCACGUCAAAAGGUUGAAAACGUGACUAUCAAAGAACCUCCAAAAAAGGAGUAAAUCAUCCGUAUUUUUUUAAAGUUAUUUCCUCUUACUUUGUCAUUUGUUUUCUGCGACUAAGACAUUCCUCGUUACGCAGUCGGGAAUGCAAAACUUUUGUUUACAACACUUACUAUUUAAAAACAAGUAUUUUCGUUCAAGUAACAAGAUCGAAUGAGAUAUUAUUCUUUAAAAAAAUUCACUCAUUUCAGUCACGUUAAAAAGCUUGAGAUGCUUAAAAAACUCAAUUAAAUAUCUUUUGACUGUAACGAUGACACUUGUCACGUUUGAAGAGGAUAAAAACUUAUGGAUUCAUGAAAAAACGGAUAAAGUUUUUCAGGAAAAAACAAAGUUUCUCGGCCUAAUUACUGCUUAAUAUUCGCCUUCAAUAUUUAUCGCAAUGUCCUCAAAAGUUAUCGUGAGAUAAUUCAAAUCACUUAUUUCCAUAAUUCUUACAGCUGCAGAAGCCUUGUUUAAAAUAUUUCGAAGUCUGGGCAAUAAAUCUUUCAAAAAAAAGCUGGUAAUUGAAUGAAUAUUUUGAAUUUCCAUAAAAUUUGACAGCAAAGCGCUUUGGUAAGACUUUGAAAGUGAUGGAUCACCUCAAGUAAAUGUUUACAUGUUCAACAACACCGGCACACAAAAGAAAAAAGUGGCCGCAGUACUUAUGACAAGACUCAACAAUUUCCAUGUGUUUUGACGCGCUGAUUCUGAUUAGGGGACAGUUCAGCGCCUUUCAAUUCUGAGUAACUGGCGAAAAAUUGCUAAAAAUGUCAAAAAAAAAUGCAUUUUUGACAUUAGUCAUGCAUGAUUUUUCGUCGAACUACGAUACGAAAUUGAUGGGUCUGGUAAAAGUACUUUUUUGUUUUGUGUGUCUGUGUAAUUGUGACGAACGGCUUAAUAGCAGGACGUUAGAACGAUUUUUUCUUCAUGUUACGAUUGCCAACUGAAGCAACUCAUGAAGUGAUUGAAAAUUUGGAAAAUAUUGCUCUCGAAGGUUUUGUGGUAAUUCAUCAGAUUCCUCGAUUUCCUAGGUUCAACAUUCCCAUUCUGAAUGAAAAGCUGCAGUAAAAAGUUACACAUUUCCAUAUCAUUGUUAUAUAUAUAUAUGUAUAUAUAUAUUUUAUUUAUUUAAAGCAAUCACAUAUACAUUGUAACAGACAUAAACAGAUACUCUGAAUGGUAUCAUUUCUUAUUUCUUAAGUAUCAACUAAUAUACGCUCUCUUCUUUUUUUCUUGUUGUCGCAAAUAUUUUCCUACACAAUUGCGCGUCGCCAAAACAAAAAAAUUCAUUUUGAACACUUAAGAUUAGCACAUUUUCAUAUUAUUUCGAUUUAUUUGUUCGAACGAAUCGUUGACGACGAUCGAGCGAGAUAUUCAUAGUAUAAAAACAAUAAAUCAUGCUUUGAGGACAGCGAUGAUAAUGAAGGACACACGAAUACCAACUUUCAUUCCCUGCAAGCACCUGCUCAAUAUAUAGAGCAUACAUAAUAAUCCUAUAAAUGUGCUUGUCUCAGAGUCGCUGCUGCGACUCUAAAUUCACUGAAUGGACUAAAACCGUAUAGUUGUGAAAAAAGCCAAGAAAAUCCAAAAGGGCCAGAAAAGCCAAAAAAAAAGCCAAAAAAUACGAAAAAGCCAAAAAACAAGAUACUCCGUUAUUCACUGCAUGGACAAAAAUCGUAUAGUUGUGAAAAAAGUCAAAAAAAUCCAGAAAGGCCAUAAAAGCCAAAAAAAGCCAAAAAGAACCAAAAAGACCAAAAAAAGUUGCGAAUUAAUGUCAAUCACGAAAAAAUACCUGUAUUUUGUCUAUUAUAAAUAUGAUAUAUAACUCGCCGUUGAAAAGAGAAGUCCAUCGACUUAUAUGCAAUUGGACACGGAAGGAAUUGAAACCGGCAGAGGAAAGUUGAAAGUCUAGUUUUUGAAACAGAUGUAUAAUGAAAUAAUGAUAUAUUGCGUGUAUUUAAGGGGAUCACCCCGUAUGGUGGCCGGACUUUUCAAGGUUUUUUCAGAUUUUUUUGUGGCAAAAAAAAACAUAGACAUUUAAAAUUUGAAGGGUUCAUUUAUGGCAAUUUUGACUUUAUGGGAGAAUUUUUUAACUCUGGUAUCUCUGGUAGACUCGACGUAAAACUACUCCACAGGAACCCACAUGCUUCGCCAUAGUUCCCACGAUUCCGGGGGAUUUCUUGACCCCGGAAUCGUGGAGACCAUGGACGAACAUGUCUGUUCCUGUAGAGUAGUUUUGCACCGAACCUACCCGAGAUACCAGAGUUAAAAAAUUCUCCGAUAGAGUCGAAAUAGCAAUAAAUAAACCCUUCAAAAUUUAAAAGUCUAUGUUUUUUUUUCUCGCCGCACAAAUAUCGCGAAAAAACUCCCAAAAAUCAAGUUGCUGCACGGGGGAACCCCCUUAAUGGAUUGCAAAUGUGAUAAAGUGGUCUUUAAAAAAGAGAAAGAAAAGUCGUUUGACGUAUAUGCAAUUGAACCCGAAUGGAAUUGGGAUCACUAAAGAAAGAUUGAAAAUUUAAUUUUUGAAACAGAUAUUUAAUGUAAGAUAAAAUAAUGCGUGUAUUUAAUGGAUUAUAAAAAAAUUAUAUUUAAUGGAAUAUAAAAAAAUUAUAUUUAAUGGAAUAUAAAAAAAUUAUAUUUAAUGGAUUAUAAAAAAAUUAUAUUUAAUGCAUUAUUAAUGUGGUCAUAAAAGUGAUCUACAAGAUAAGAGGGCCGCUCGACGUACAAAGCAAGCAACUGAUCACAAUUGAAAUUGAGAUCAGUAGCGAAAAAUUGAAAAUUUAAUUUCUCAAACAAAAAUAUUCAAUGUCAUAAUGAAAUAAUCCGUGUAUUUAAUCUAUUGGAAAUGUGAUCAUAAAGUGAUCAUCAAAAAAAAUAAAGAAAAGACAUGUCGUGCAACAUAUAUGCAAACAAAAAAAGAAAAUCUAAUUUUUGAAAAACAUUACGAAAUGUCAAUCAGGGCUAAAAUAAUGCAUAUAUUUUGAAAGAUUAUCAAUGUGAUGAAAGUCGUCGUUUCGAUGACGACUAGUCAACUGAUGCAAUCUAACACGACAGGGAUUAACAAAAAUUUAAUUUUUGAAAUAAACACUCAGAAUAUAACGUAUAUUUAUUCAAUUAUGAAUGUGAUGCACGUUUUUUGUCGAAAAUGUAAGUCUGUUGACUUGUUCCAUCUGGCACGACAUUAAAAUAACGACACACAAAAAUGAAAGAAAGACAUGAAACAUAAAGCCUGGGAAGCAAACACUAAAUGUUUGCUCAUUUAGGUAUUGAUGUUCAUUCAUUCGUAUAUGCUCGUUAAAAAACAUUUGCCUCAAUGUAUAAUUGUCAUGCCUUUCUCAUUUACUGGAUACAAAUCUCAGUACAACUCGAAUGCAGGGUACAAUCUAUUUUUCCAAACCGGAUUUCAGGGUAGAUUAUAUUUCGUUAUAAAAAUUUUCGUAGAAAAUGUGAAUACCCUAUUAUACCAGAGGAUGAUGAACUAUGGGGGAGUAAAUGGUUGCGAUACAGAACUAUUUUAACGUUAUUCACGUUUCUUUGGAGUUAGAAUACCCACAGUGACUGUCAGUUUGAAGUAUUAUUAAAAUAUUUAAACUGACGAAUUGACAGUUUGAAAUAUUAUUAAAUAAUAUUCAAACUGACAAGGAAUAAACUAGUAUGCCAGCAGACAGGCACUGGCUGCAAAAGACCAUUUUUCGUCGUUUCACGCUCUUAUAGCCCAAUCGAUUUGCCUCGAAGAAUGAAUAAUUGUAAACGAGCUAAUCGCAUCAUCGAUAUGUCGACGUCAAAGAUUCUUGGCUGUCUAAAUUCUAAGCAAAUAUUUUGCUCCUUGAAAUUUAUCAGCCUCUGCAUGUUCUUUUGAAAUAAUCUUUUCUUUGUUUUCGUCUCUUUCCUUCUUAUAGUUAAACGCUAAAGAUUCUACUUUUAGAAUUCACCUAUUUUAGGUACAAAAAUUUCGACGCUGUUUACAAAUUCUUCAAUUUCUAAGAGCUCUAGGCCUUUUUAUAUUAAGAAUCAUUUUUCGUUCGUUUUUUCUCUAUUUCGUUUUCAACGUUAUUUUCGUUUUUAACGUUGAAUAACAAAAACUUUGGAGGUCUUUGCAAUGGUGCACUGUCUGCUCAUUUCUAUAAAUCUUAUCUGUAAUAUGAUCUUAGAUUCUUCAUUAUUAUAUAUCCGAGACAUGAAACAAUUAUUUGCUUAUUUCUAAAAUGAAUGACUCAAUGAGACGGAGGGGGGGGGGAAUUAAGGACAGGAUGUGUAAUGUUUCUACGUCUUUCAACUCUGUAUUUUGUGGAUGUAAACAUAUCGAGAUAUCGAUAACUGUAGAGACUUUCUUCAUUUGACUUUUCGUAAUUUGACGUGUCAUAAAAUUCGUACAAACCAAAAGACCAAUGACGAACAAUUCGUUAUUUCAUUUAAGAAGAAAACAAUUUUCGAAUGAGUUUCAAAAUUUGCAGAAGAAUUAAAAAUCGUUGGAUUCUUUUUUCCCUUGAAUUUUUUCAGACAUACAAAAAAGAUGAGUUAAAAAAAAGUGAAAUUCAUGAUUUUGAAACAUUCUUUUUCGUUAUCGAUGAUAAUAAAUUACGAGUGACUGACGGUUUGUAACAAGCUUUAACAGACUUAACAAAUUCUAAUCGUAAUAAUGUCGUGGUACAAUAUAAUAUAUAUUCAAAAAUGAAAAAUAAAGUAACUGGCAAAACAUGCUGGAUAAAUAUUAACGUCUUAACAAUUAAUCUCAAUGUCAAUCGUAGAUGAAAUAUAUACUCAAGUUUCAAUGUCAAUGGUAGAUGUCAAUGGUAAAUGAAGUAUAUACUCAAGUGUCAAUGUCAAUGUUUGAUAAAAUAUAUAUUCAUGUGUCAAUGUCAAUGUUUGAUGAAAUAUAUAUUCACGUGUUAAUGUCAAUGUUUGAUGAAAUAUAUAUUCACGUGUCAAUGUCAAUGUUUGAUGAAAUAUAUAUUCACGUGUCAAUGUCAAUGUUUGAUGGAAUAUAUAUUCACGUGUCAAUGUCAAUGGUAGAUGAAAUAUAAAUUCAAGUGUCAGUGUCAACAGUAGAUGAAAUAUAUACUCAAAUGUCAGUGUCAAUAACCUUAUAAAUAUAUCUUCUACUCGGUACAGGCGCAACUUAUAAUAAUUACUAGGCUGGGUAAAAAAAUUCGACUUUGCUUUUUUGGAUUCGUCACAAAAAAACUAGGCACCUCUAGAAGAUACUCAGCAAAAAUGAGCUUAAUAUUGAGAAGAAGAACCUUCUUAUGACGGUUUUUCAUUUUCAUUUCAGUCUCAUAUAAAAAUGACCAUAUUUCAUCUUCAAUCGUUUGUUAAACCAGUACCUUUAAAGGCCUCUUACACUUUUUUAAUCUAACCAUUUACGGAUUAUUCGAGGUUAGAGGUUGAAGAACUUGUUGAACCCUUUUUUGGGGUACUUACUGAAAAAUAAUUAUUGUCGAAUGAAUACGGCUUAUUUCCGUAGGAAAUUCAGCGCUCUAUAAAACAGAUCUCUUCGGUUUAAUCGAUUACUCUAAGUGUUCAGCAUAUAUUUGUAUUCGAAUCCCGAUGCGCGUACUAAUUUUAAUAAUUCUUUAAUAACUAUUUUAUAUUAACCCAUAUAAUUCAUGGAUUUUGCGAAUAUUCAUAAAAAUUUGAGUCUAUUUCGAUAGAAUAAUAGCUUCUAAUUUAUAUCUUAUCUUUUGUUUGGAAAUAAUUUUUUUCACAAUAUUAUCAUUUCAAGAAGUCAAAAUAUGAUAUAAAAAAUCAUGUAAUAUGGGGUAAUUAUUAUUACGUCAUAAUAAAUAGUCGAGAAUACAAAAAACUUCAAACUUAAGAAAUCGGUAACACAAAGGUUGUUAAAAAGUCAAAUAGUGAAUCGAAAAUUUAGUCUUUUUGUUUCUUGUUGUUUUAAAAUGGACCUAAAAAAAUUGAGUUUUUGAAAAGAAAAUUUUUAUAAAAAAUUGAUUAAAAAGAAAUAUAUUCCCAAACAAAAGAUAAGGCGUGAGCUGGAAGCUGUUGUUCUAUCGAAACGGACUCAAAUUUUUAUAAAUAUUCUCAAAGUCCAUGAAUUAUAUGGGUAAAUUUAAAAUAGUUAUUAAAAAACUGCUAAAAUCAGUACACAUUGGGAUUCGAAUACGAAUAUAUGCUAAACGGUUAGAGUAAGCGAUCAAAGCGGAGAAACCUUUUUUGGAGAGCGUUUAAUUUCCUAUGGAAAUAUGCAUUUGACAAUAAUUAUUUUUCACUAAGUAACCAAACUAAACAUAAAAAAACUUUUUUUCAAUAUUUUCUUCAACUUUCAACCCUGAAAUCCUCCAGUAAAUAGUCGGGUUAAUGAAAAAAGUGUAAGAGGCCUCUUUUGUAGGGCGUUCGAUUUCCUACAAAAAUAUGCAUAGAGGAUUGUCUUAAUAAUCGCUUAGAGAGGAAAUAUGGUCAUUUUUAUGAGACUGAAAUAAAAAUGGAAACCGUGAUGAGAAAGAUCUUCCCUUUAACAUUAAGACCUCAUUUUUUAUAAGUACUUUCUAUAGAGGUGUCCGGGAUCUAGUUUUUCUGUGUCGGAUCCAAAAAAAAAAAACAAAUUGCUUUUUUUAACCCAUCCUAAUAAACACACUUGUUUGCUUUUUUCUUUUAAGACUUAAGCAAAUAACGCACUCUUGAUCUUCGAUUCUCUUUUCCGCUUCUGUUUUUUUUUUUUUAAAUAUAACACAUUUAUGUCGUAAAUAAUCGACUGUAUUGUGCGUCGCGUUUCUUUAAAAAUUAUCAAUCGCAAUGUCUAUUAUAAUUGUCAAAUAAUAAUGUGGAACACAAUGUCGUAAAACAAUUCGUUUUUUCGUGGUGUUAUUAAUCGAUGGAAACAAUGUGAUGUAUUUGAAUGUAAUAUCUAGUCGGAUUUUUCGUGUAAACCGUAAAAUUUUGCUGCUUCGCAGUUUUAGCUAUAAUAUAUAAUAAUAUAAUAUAUAUGUAUAUGUGUAUUGUAAAUGCGUACGGUCACUAGCGGAUCGUACGACCAGGAAACGAUCGAAAAAAGUACAAAAACAACCAAUUUCGGUCGUUUUUGUAGUCGUUUCGAGCAAAAUCCUGGUCCUACAAUCCGCUAGGGGUUAUAUAUAUAUCCGAUGCGCAAUUUUCAUGAAUCGACGUUUACUCGUUAUAUUCAUUUGUUUCAUAAACGUUUGUGUGUACAAACGUACCUUAGUUAUUUAAUUUACUCGUUUAUUAACUACAAUUACAAUUAACGUAUAAUUUAAUAAUAAUUUAUGAUCUUGAGCGGGUCUCUUGGGACACCGUCAUGAAACGACGCUUACUCGUUAUAUUCAUUUGUUUCAAUGUAUAAACGUACCUUAGUUAUUUAAUUUACUCGUUUAUUAAAUACAAUUACAAUUAGCGUAUAAUUUAAUAAUAAUUUAUGAUCUUGAGCGUGUCUCUUGGGACACGCAAUUGUUCACAUUAAUUUAAAGACUCUACGCACUCUUUUGUUUCGUGUACAAUGUGUAAUAUGUGCUUACGAAGCCUCUGUUUGUUUGAGUUGUAAAAAAAAAGGAAAAAUGAAACUUUGUGUCGCCAAUAAAAUCUGAAUGUAACGUCGAUUCAACAUGCGGCGAGUUGUUUAUCAGUCGUGAUGUUCAAACACUCGUGAUGAUGAAAAAAAAAAACCAAAAACAACGACGUAUGAUAGGAAAGAAAAAUUGUUCAAAUGCACCACGGCUCUGUUCGACUUCGUUUAAAUAGUUUUUUUCUCUUUUGCUUUUAUAUUAUUUGCAAAUUGUUUGUUCCCAAGCACCUUGUUACAAGGUUUUUCUGUCUGUUGCCAAGUGCUCACACGUCCAGUCGUUAGGAAAAAAUUACAAAAGGUGUUCAAACAGAAAACAUAAGAGAAUUUAUAGUCUCCGUAAAUUUUUUUCACGAUAGAUUCGAGUCUCCUAAUCAAUAGUAAAGCGGCGAUUCUUUUUAGCUCGUUUAUUUAUUAUUCAUUGCGCGCGAAAAGCCGAUUAAGUUCGCGAUAAGCUUUAAUAGGUUUGGAAUUUGAUAUUUUUUAAAAGCCGCGUAGUAUCACGGAGAUCCAGGGUUAAGGGAGCGCGUGAGAGUGAGCUUUACUGGCGCUUCGUUUCCGAAUCCUCCUUGGUUGAGACAGACC